UUAUGAGGUACCCGAACCGAUAGUGUUAACGGUACGGGUACCCGUCCCAUGCUCACCCUUACCUAUUAUAUCACUCCUAAUAUAUAAUCGGUUAUGACUCUAGAAAAUUAGGAACCUGGACUAUUUACAAUCAACUCUUUUGGUUUACGUUAUUUGAUUUUAUUAUCCGGCUUUAAAACCACUAGGUUUCAUUGAAAUUCCUGAUUCAAAACGAGAAAGUAAAAGUUGAUCUUCUUGAUAUGUUUAUCAAAUGACCAUAUGCUACACUCCAUCCAAUUUCCAGGUAUCCAAAGUUUUUGCUCACCCCAUACUUAAAUCAAUAGGCCUAUCCGCGCUAACAUCUUUUCAGUCCUUGAGCAAUUGACCAUAUGCUACACUCCAUCUGUUCUUCUGCUGAAGUUGAAUGCAUUAGUCAGACCAAAAGGGUGUCACUGGUGACUGGUGUGCAUUUGCGCACCCACUAACCCCUGAAUUUCAACCCAAUUCCAUUUUCAAAACCAAUAAAAUCAUGAUCAUUUCUCACACCCUAAUCCUACUUUCUCCCCCUCACUUCAAAACCCCACUUCAAAAUCUUAAAACCCAGUUUAAACCAACUGUUUUCCUACCUUCAACUUUAAAACCAUGGAAUUUGAGGCCCCACAAAAUUCAGCGUUCAAUAGCAGUUAACAAUGAUGGAGGAGCUUUUAAUUGGAAGAAAUGGGUGCCCAAAAGACUUGAUUUUGGGCCUGAUAAGGUUCUUCAAUCAAUUGCUAGUGCUACCUCAAGUCCAAUUUGUCAGUUCAUUACUUCUCCUACAACUUUCUUGCAUUGUGUUGACUCUAGAAUCAAAUUGGUGUGGCUUAUAGUGUUAGUUUUUUUGCCCGCUCGCUCCCAUAUUUACAUGCGCUUUGGGAUUGUUCUUUCUCUUGCUCUUUUGUCCACUUGGAUACUCCCAACUGAUGUGUGGAAGGAUCAAUUGGGCAGAGUGACAUUGCUGUCCAUUAUUUUAUUUAUAGUGCUGGGACUGACUGCUGAUACUGUUCUUCCCAGUGUCUCUCAGAGGACUCCAACACCAUCUUUAACUGGAAUUCCAAGUAUUCCUUCAUCAUUUAAAAAUUAUACAUAUGUGCUUUUUAAGUUAGGACCUUUACAGAUGACAAGGAAAGGACUCUCGGUUGCAAGUACAUCUGCAUGCCUUACGUUCACUAUAUUUCAAAGUGCUAGCCUCUGUUUGUCGACAACUCCCCCAGAGCAACUUGCAUCAGCGUUACGGUGGUUCCUGCUCCCUUUAGCACAUAUUGGUGUUCCAGUGGAUGAAAUUGUUCUAACUUUGAUGCUUUCGUUAAGGUUCAUAAAUCUUAUUUUUGAUGAGGUCCGGAAUGUUGCUCUUGGAAUUCUCUCUCGUAGAAUUGAUUGGCAGGAUCUGACACUCCUGGAGAAAGUUGAUGUCUUCGUGAUGUAUAUCAGGCGAAUCUUUAAGAAUAUUUUUUGCCAUGCUGAGCAAAUAUCACAGGCCAUGAUUGUUCGAGGUUUUCGAGGUGAUAGCAAUCGUCACAAGAUACACUUCGAAAACUCAUCUUUUAUGAUGCCUAAUCUCAUCUCGUUAUUGGCUCUCUGUGGUGUUAUUGGUGCUACGAAGCUGUCAGGGUCUUUAUUAGUCUGAUGACCAGCGGGCUCAAUUAUUUUUGAAAUGCUAUUAUCAUCAGCAGCCAACACUCAGUACUCCAAGUUACACCCAUACAAACAGGCAAACCAGCUUCGUCUCCUGGAGUUUCUGGGUGAUGCAUUUGUUCUGUCUGUCAGACUUGGAAAGUCUUAACAAUUUACUGAGAUUAUUGAAGGAGUCGCCCUUAAGAUUGUGUGUCAGCAACAGCUCUAGCUAUGGUUAUUUGAAGAGUCAUCCUUAAGAUUCCGUGACAGCAACAACUCCAACUACAAAUAUUCGAAGAAGUUCAAACUAACAGUAUUCUAAGACAGAUUAGGGGCCUCUACCUGCCAUUUAUAGAAUUGGACUUUAGACGUGCAGGAGUUUGUUUUGGUUAGUCUCACUGUCUAAGGCUCUUCGUCUUCCAUCUAAAUUAUUUGGCUGUCCACCAAAGUCCAAAGCUAAGCUAUUCAUGCAAGUGCAAUGCAAAUGCAAAUGUAAAGUUUUAGCUAUACCCAUGUAUAGGCAGCCAUUGCUAACUAGUUUGAAGUUCAAUUACCGUAUCAUUAUUGAUUUGUGCA